AUGUCUCAUACAGCCCCAGGCAGUGAAGAGGCGACCAACGUCCUCCGACUCGGCGAAUUUCAAGACGUCGAUACUCUCACACUAUCCGAAGCUGCACUGGUCAUCAAUGCACUAGUAGCCAAGCGCCGCAACGAUCGCAAGAAUAUCAAUGAGACUGAGAUGUUAACCAAAACCAUCGACUAUCUCGACACGUUCGCCCGUUUUAAGAAGAAGGAGAAUGUCGAGGCCGUCGAACGACUACUUAGCUCUUAUAAACAAUUCCAUAAGUUCGAGCGUGCACAGCUAGGUUCACUUUGCUGUGAGACCGCAGAAGAAGCCAAGUACCUUAUCCCUUCGCUUAACGAAAAGAUCGGCGACGAUGAGCUGCAAGAGAUUCUCAACGAGAUAUAUAAGUUGAUGCCCCCUACAAAUUAA